AUUCCAUUGCUAUUAACAGGUCCUUAUACACAAGGACACACAACACAUUUGCAAAAAGCAAUUGUUUGAAUUAGUAGCAUGAUGAAAAACGCACGCGAAGUCCGUUUCUUGAAAUCUCAAAGUUUUUUAUUGUUAUUAUAUUUUUUUAUUGUUUCAUCAGCACAAUUCUCUUCUGAAAUUGGUUGAAAUGAACGCGACAUAUUGAACGACUCAAAAAUCUGGUGAAAUUGUGUUUUAUGGUUGUUGUAUUUUAUUUUUUGAGAAGUGCUUGGAACCUUUAGGCACUAAAUUCAGAAACGUCCUUUGUUUGAGAAGGAUCAGGCAACGACAAGCAGACUUCGUGUGUGUGUGUGUGUGUGUGUGUGUGUGUGUGUGUGUGUGUCAGCGAGAGAGAAAGAAAGGGAGAGAGACACUAAGUUACUGAAUAAAAGUUUGUGGAUUUCCAUCCAAGCGCGGCGUACACUCUGACUGGGUAAGCUAUGCAGUUACUUGGGCAAAGAAUGAAAAAGUCGACUUCAUUUUUUCCCCACUUUCCUCAUGAUGCCCACGCAUUUGAUUGGACAGAAAGUGGUCAGCUGACACUGUCAUCUUUGUCCAGCUUAGAACGAGGCUUUUGGAAACACUCGCCUGCGUACAUGGUGCCUUUUAUUGUCGUUGCCGAAAUAAAUGACAUAGCGGUUCUGUGUUUUGGAAGAAAAAAAUAUUAAUACAAAGACUGCCAGAGAUAGGAAGAGUUGAGCGAGCGAGGGAGGGAGCGAAAUAGAGAGAAGGAGAGAGAGAGGGGAAUCAGAGAAGGUAAGGGAGGGAGGGAAAGAGUGGGAGAGAGGUUUACAGGGAGAGAGGGACGGUAUGAAUUCCUAUUUCACGAACCCGUCGCUCUCGUGCCAUUUAACCGGCAGCCAGGAGGUUCUACCCAAUGUGGCCCUGAACUCCACCAGUUAUGACCCCGUUCGCCAUUUCUCGUCCUAUGGCGCCGCCGUGGCCCAGAACCGGAUAUACUCCACGCCGUUCUACUCACCACAAGACAACGUUAUGUUCGGCUCCGCUCGGGCACCUUAUGACUACGGGUCCAAUGUGUUUUACCAGGACAAGGAUGUGCUCCCAAGCUGCAGACAGAGCUUGGGACAGAGCGCACAGGGCUCCCUGGCGCAAGACUACGCUUCAGAACAAGGCAGGAGCGCAUCUCAGGAACCAAAGAGCGCCGUUCAGAUUUAUCCGUGGAUGCAGCGAAUGAACUCGCACAGUGGGGUCGGCUAUGGGUCUGACAGGCGGAGAGGUCGCCAGAUCUACUCCCGUUACCAAACACUAGAACUGGAGAAGGAGUUUCAUUUCAACCGCUACUUGACGAGGCGCCGGCGUAUCGAAAUUGCCAACGCGCUUUGUCUUACCGAACGCCAGAUCAAAAUCUGGUUUCAGAACCGCCGCAUGAAGUGGAAGAAGGAAAGCAAUCUCACCUCCACCCUGAACGACAGCGUCCCGUCGGUUGGCAGCCAAGAAGAAGGCAAGGAGGAAGAAGAAGGGGCGACAAAUGAAAAGAAGGAAUAAGGACUGGAGUGUUCAUUCUUCAUGGUAUCAAACCGCUGUACGAGUAACUACCUAUAAGAAAUAAACUACCUAUUGAAGUUUGGCACAGUGCUUUAAAGACAAAACUGUUUUCAAUGAAACAAACUCUUUUGUGCCAUAUGCACGCCGGAGAUAUGUGACCUCUCCAUGUUUUCUUAUGUUUAGGAACCAAACACUUCAUUCCACACUUCAUUCCCAAACGUAGCCUCUCAAAUUGAGCCCACCAGUUGGCAAAAUUUCUGCCAUGAAUGUAUGUUUCAUAUCACGCUAAUACUUAGCUAAGCAAGGAAGAAAAAUGUCAUGUUGUUUGAGUAAAUCAGAUCUUGUCUAUUUGGCUACGACUUGUGGCAUUAUAAAGGUUAAAACUUGUCCUUUGUUUUGUUAUGUUUUUACGAUGUAUUGUUUUCACAUGGUUUAACUGUAUGAAGCAUUAAAACGAUGCAAACAUGAAGUAUACUGAAUCUGAAUUGUGAAUGUGUCUGGACGUGUUUAUGAAUAUAAAAGUGUGACGCAACAUUCCUAGCAUUUGUGUAAAUGCCUCAGCUUUCAGGUGCAGUGUUAUUAGCCUUUAGAUGGAACCGUGUACAGUGAGACUGUGACCACAUUGGUCAACAUGAAAACAAUGUAUCACAAUAAAAUACUUUUGAAGGUGAA